GUGGAUCCGCGACAAAGUGGGUUUUAUGCGCUUCCGCAGAAAUAAACUUUUUGGAGAUGCUUUUCACACACCUCGGAACGCCUAAACUCAGCUGCAGAUGAGACCGAAGAAAAGAAGACAAUAGCUUCACCGUAACAGAGCACUGAGGUCUGCCAUGUCUGGUCCCACCUGGCUGCCCCCAAGGAACCUGGACAGCCCCGAACGUGCCAUCCCCCAGAUGUCCCACUCCUCCGGGGCAGCGAUCUACCGCGCCCCAAACAAAAAGGCCAUGUCAGACUUCAGAGCAAAAUAUGGUCCGUAUGACCAGAAUGGAGUGGGCGGGGUCACCAACAGGUACAUGGCGACAGGAGCCACAGGUGCUCCGAGUCAUCAUCCAGCAAACGAUCGCUACUAUUCUCCUCCGCCUCCUCCUGGUCCCAAAGAGGACCGCAGCUGGAGUCCUCGUGUGGACAGCUACGAUCUGAUGCAACUUCCUCCUGAAAAGCCGGGCAGCUAUCACUCCAAGAUCGAUGCGGACAUUGACUCCCUGACGGGGAUGCUGGCGGAUCUGGACAGCCACCCGCAGGACUCCAGCUCCCAGCUCUACGACAAUGUGCCUUACAACAAGUAUGUAUCAGGGGAACACUACAAGCCUCAACACCAGAGACCAGCCCCUCCUCAGGGUCAGCCGUCCAUGGGCUACGCCUCCCACCCUCAGAACCAGUACCACUCGGCUCCCCCGUAUCCCAGCAAGCACCAGGCCCCUCCGUAUUCCCACCAGCAGGACUACUACCCGUCCUCCUCCCCUAAGCCCUACCCUCAGCCUGUUCCGGCCUCCUACACCACCGCCUCCACCCCCACCGGGCCCAGGUUCAGCGUGCAGGUGAAAACGGCGCAGCCCGUCACCUACUCCCAAACGGGGAGGCAGGCCGAGCAGGCCUACACCCCGCCGCCCCCUCGCCAGCACCCGUCACGGCCUCCCGCCCAGAUCCAGACAGUGCCGCAGGGCUGGUACCCGCCUCACUCCAACUCACCAGUACAGGAGCCCGACGGCGCUUAUAAGGGCGGAGUCCCAGGUUCUGUUGGAAGAGUCGGCCAGAUCCAGAUGUCCAAGAGGGGGAUGGAAAACAAUCAGGCAGGACAAGGACCGGCUCAGAGUCCUGCUUAUCAGUCCACCAAGCAGGGGGCAGCAACGAUGAGGCCAGAGGAGGAGCUGGAUCGGCUCACCAAGAAGCUGGUUUAUGACAUGAACCACCCUCCUGCAGAGGACUAUUUCGGUCGCUGCGCCCGCUGUGGGGACAACGUGGUGGGUGACGGCAGCGGGUGCAUCGCCAUGGAGCAGGUGUUCCACGUGGAGUGUUUCACCUGCAUCACCUGUCACACGCGGCUUCGGGGGAAGCCGUUCUACGCGCUCGAGAAGAAGAGCUAUUGCGAGAACUGUUACAUUAGUACGUUGGAGCGCUGUUCCAAAUGUUCGAAGCCCAUUCUGGACCGCAUCUUGCGGGCGAUGGGAAAAGCGUACCACCCGCGAUGCUUCACCUGUGUGGUCUGUAACUGCUGCCUGGACGGCGUCCCCUUCACUGUGGACGCCACAUCUCAGAUACACUGCAUAGACGACUUCCAUCGGAAAUACGCCCCUCGCUGCUCAGUGUGUGGUGAACCCAUCAUGCCUGAACCCGGACAGGAGGAGACUGUCAGGAUUGUAGCUCUGGACCGCAGCUUCCACGUCGACUGCUACGUCUGUGAGGAAUGUGGUCUCCUGCUGUCGUCUGAGGGCGAAGGUCGCGGCUGCUACCCGCUGGACGGCCACAUCCUGUGCAAGAGCUGCAGCGCUCGCCGCAUCCAGGACCUGUCAGCCAAAAUCUCCACCGACUGCUAACCGAGACGCGUUCGGGUUUUCCUUUUCGGUUACUGCAAUCACAAGUGUCAAUUUUGGCAGCUCUAAAUGAACGUUACCUAUGAAAUGAGGAGAUUUAAAAUGCAAUAAGGGUUUGUUUGUUUUAGCCUCCUAUGGUACACGGUCUAUAAUGUUCGGCUCAGUAUUAGUGGCCUGACCUGCAGGCAGCUUGGGCUCCAGCUUCCCCACACCCACAGCGGUACCGCUGACCUCUCAGCUUGCACAUCACUAUUAAUGGAUGAAGAGUGGAGGGAAAUGUGUGUUUGAAUUUGUCUAGAAAUAAUCCAAAAUGUGUAUAUUUCUAGAUACUUUUUGUUGUCACAUAAUGAAUCAAAAAGCUCAAAACUGCCUCUUAAAAGCAUUUCUCAAAAGCACAGAAAACAAGAAACUGUGAUUGUACAGAAAACAUGAAUUACAGGGUUUAAUCAGCUCCCCUGGGCUUUUACUUUGAAAGGAUUUCUCCUUCAGAGCAGCAUAGCGGAGCAGCAAAUGAGGAUAACAGGAAGGUGUUAAAGGAUAUUUUCUUUUCGACUUGAUUCAAGCGCUAGAGCAAAGUGUUCUCUGUCGCAGACGUUUCCCAUCCGCUUUAGUUUUCCUUCAGCGUUUGAUGAUUUGAUGCUUGACUGUUACGUUUCUGACGGUGCAAUGAAAAGAAAGCUUCUGUCUAAAGGAAACUAAUGAUCCCUUUGUGCCAUUUAGAUUAAAAAACCCAUUCAUUGAAACCUUUUUUUUUUAGUUUAAUAUGAAAAGUUCCCCCAAUUUAAAAGGGAUGAUGUUUUUUUUAUUCUUUGUUUUCCUGAAUUGUUUACUAAUCGGGUGGAUUGUGUUCGUUCUUGCACUCCUGGAGUGACGGUAUUCGUUUUUUCCGUCCGCGUUUAGUUAAACGGCGACAGCCUUAUCAACAGGAUGUCCUUGGGUGUCAGUUUUGAACUGGAUUUACUGUGAAUUCACCCCUUUUUUUCCUUUUUUGGUCACCCAAAAACGAUCCCAACAUCCUCCUUCCUGGUAGUUCAUCUGACAUUUGUUUGCUUAAAUCUGCUGUAAUCUGAAACUCCUGAUAACAGACCAUGUUUGUGUUCAUUAAUUUAUCUUGAAUGUUAAUUUUUAGACUUUAGGUUUUUAGGGGGGAAAAACUUCACAUCUACUUUAAUCCUGGAUUUCAUGUCAUUUUCAAGAGAUGAAUGUCAGCAUAUGUGUCCUGCAGAAGGGAGUUUGCACCUAAUCCAGAUUGUAGAACUGUACUUCAUUAUUAAAGAAUAAGCAAGUU